AUUUAUUUCGAGCGGUGGGUGAUGAUGUAGUCUUUUGCUUUUGGUCAUUGGUAAAUCUAGGCUCAUCUAUUUUCGCGCACCUAUCUGCUAGGGCAGUUCCGGAUCUAAGUACAACAACUUCCCGGUUCUAAUCUACGUGCUUGAUGUUGCUCUAACUAAGUAUUUUGAUGCCCGCCGCUUUACUGUCCCUCGGUGGAAGGUGGACGAAGGAACAAAGCUGCCGCAGUGUAGAUGGUGCAUCUUCAAGAAGCAAGACAUCAAAAAAGCAAGAAGCUCCAGGACGGGAAGAUGAUGAGUUGUAG